CGACGACGACGACGACGGGGACGGGGACGACUACCAUCACAAUGGCGCUGUCAGCGCUGCUGUCGAAAAUAGGUCAAGGAUGGCGGACUAGAGCCGAGAAUCCGGAGCUGCUGGCUAGCUCACUACGACUUGAUCCCACAAGCCAUGCAUCCAUCCAGGUUGAUCUUCAGGCUCUCGGACGGCAAGAUGAUGAUUACAGUCAGGUCAUCACAUCUCAGACUUCAAUACCUGCAUCAGAGAGAAUCGUACCAUUUUUGAGCGGUCUUUUAGGCUUUGUCGCUCGGCACGCAAGCAUGGGAGAGCUCACGAGAAGGGCGAACGCCCGGGCCCCGAGCGCGAGCAUGCAGCAGUACAAGGCAGCCUAUGACAAGUGGGCUGAAGUCUAUUCACGGGCAUCUCUCUGCUUCGCAACCACCCAGGACAUACCCUACUUCGGCCCUUCGCUCCGUUACGUCGGAAACUCCCUCGUCCUCUUGGCCAUUGCUGCCGAUGAAGUGUCUCGCUCGCCUCAGCAUCCGUGCGUAACAGACGCUGUUUCUAAGCUGUCGCGAACCACUGGCAUCGCUGCGGUCGAUCGUUCUGCCGUGCCUGGUGAAAAGACGAAGCGUGCUGAGGUCCUCUGGCUGGCGAAUGCAAGCUUUCGUUGCUACUUCAAGCUCAAAAAUAUUCGUCUUUGCGAAACGGUGCUGGGCUCGGUUGAGAAUGCCCUCUCGUUGAACCGCAACUUUGCCAGCCCUCAGACAAAGGCAUCUUUCAAGGACGAAGAAUUGGGCCUGGCCUGCUACAAGCGGUGCGACAGGGUCGCUUACAAGUACUACCUAGGACGUCUUCGACUGAGCCAGCACCGGAUCAGAAAGGCUUAUGGCGAGCUUCGAUGGGCGUUCGAUAAUUGUACCAACGUUAACAUGCACAAUAAGCGACUCAUUCUCAUCUACUUGAGCGUAGCUGCAUUGAUUCUCGGUAUCUACCCGUCACAAGCGCUGCUCGUCUCCGCGAGUCUUGAUGCGCCGUUCCAAAACCUGGUCGAGCGUCUUCGGCUUGGAGAUGGCGCAGGCAUGCUCGCCCAUCUUGAUGCAUGGCGAGAAUGGUUUCGAGGGAGAGGGUGUUACCUUCUGCUCCGAGAAAAACUUCAGGUCGGGGCAUGGCGCAACCUUAUGCGACGAAGCUUCCUGAUUACCCGACUGCAAGACCCGCCUCCGGUGACGGCGCCUGGCGCCAAAACGCCACCGCCGACAUUCAAGCUGACUUCAUUUCUCGCUGCCGCAAAACUUGCCUGGCGAGACGACACUCUUACUCUCGACGACGUCGAGUGUGUCGCCGUCAGCCUUGUUGAUCAGGGCUAUGUCAAGGGAUAUAUCUUGCACGGCUCGUCCAGGGUGGUCCUUCGUCGGACCGAAGACUUUGGGUUUGUUACCAUGUCGCAGGUGUAUCAAUAGUUUUAAUAGCAUAUCCGCGCAUCACAGACAGAAGCACCGCAACUGACUUGGUCGGCUUUGCGUCACUGUUCCCUUUUACCCGUGUGAAGGGCUUGAAUGAUCUAGUGAUGCGAA